GAGCUUUGUGUUGAUGAGAAGUCCCAUUUUGAAAAUCAAGACUGAACAUAUACAGAUAAAAAAAGAAACGAAAGUCCAGCCUGAGGAAACAUUCACAUUCAGUUAAACAAAUAACAUGAGAAAAAAAUGAUUCUACAGCUGAAGUUAGUAGAUGAAUUGAUUAGUGGAACAACAGUACAUCACAGCUAUUUUAAUCAAUUAACAGUCUAAACAAAAAAGCCUGAUAAUUUCUGGAUUCAUGAAAUACAACUGAGAGAAACAGUUUGGUGGAUCCACUUUUAUAUCAUGGUAACUUAAAUUAUUGGACUGUUAAUAAUAAUUAGUUGAAAUCAAUAAUCAGAGAAUUCGGUUUGUCUUCACCAAAAACACUGACAGUGUGGAGCUCGCUUUGAAACUGCAGGUAGAUCAUCCUGUAGGAGGCUAAAAUUUUGCAGAAAAAAAAAAUGUUACAGUCAAAAAAUGUAUGCAAGACAACUAUAAAAAGCUCAGAUUGCAACGAGGGGAAUUUGGACCUCUAAAAAGCUGGUUUGCAUCCACCUGAACUCCUGAUACUGAAUACUGAAACUCAUCUAUUUUUAGAGAGGUUUGAAAUAGAGUCAGUCGCUGGAGCCAGUCUGAGCAGGAGCCUCUGCUCCUUUAGAUAUCUGUUCAGCUUGGCACGAUGAUAAAACACACAACCAUCGUCAUCGUAUUAUAUCAUCAUCCGGACUCCAACUCUUCGCCUCCAUCUCCACCUAGAGGCAGAACCGGAAGCUGCAGGUUCAGGCACAAAUCGGCACGAAUCUCCCCCGUCAUGAAGCAGCCCCUCGGAAAGAGAUGUGGCAGCCUUCAGUGAUGAAAAACAACCCUCCUCGCCGAGUCGUGAUGAGGUGAACCGGCGGCUGGAGCUCCAGCAGAGAGAGAGACAGGAGAGAGAGAGAGUGGGUGAGCGAGAGAGAGAGAGAGAGAGAGAGAGAGAGAGAGACCACCACCAGAGCCACAAUCGACCGUGCAGGAAAACCGGCUGUUUCCUCAGAGACCAUCCCCGACGCCCACACUUCCGGACUGGAUCUCUCUGGAGGCAGCUGGGCUCGGGAUGCGUCCGUCUCCCCGGUGCUGCUUGAGAUGAGACGACGACGUCUUCCCCGGUGAAACCGCGACGAUGCUCGUUACUUUACAUUAGACCUGCCCGUUACAACCUGAGCUGAGCUGAUCGAAAUCGCGGCGGGUUUUUUUUUUUUCGCUCAGCACUCAAAGAGCGGGGGGAUUCAGGCUUUAGCCAUACUGUCUGUCUGCUGUCAACUGUUGCUUAUUUCCACUGUAAAUGAAUCUUGUAAGGUUUAUGAACAACCGUGUUCCUCCUAACAAGAGAUACCAGCCCACAGAAUAUGAGCAUGCUGCCAACUGUGCUACGCAUGCGUUAUGGAUAAUCCCCAGCCUGCUGGGCAGCUCAGUGUUGCACUUCCAGUCGGAGGACCAAUGGGAGCGGCUGUCGGCCUGGGUGUACGGGGCGGGGCUCAGCUCGCUCUUCAUCAUCUCCACCCUGUUCCACACUGUGGCCUGGAAGAAGAGCCACUUAAGGUCUGUGGAGCACUGUUUCCACAUGUGUGACAGGAUGGUGAUCUAUUUCUUCAUUGCUGCCUCCUACGCCCCUUGGCUGAACCUGCGGGAGCUGGGUCCUUGGGCGUGCCACAUGCGCUGGUUGGUGUGGGUCAUGGCCUCUUUUGGUACCACCUACGUCUUCUUCUUCCAUGAGAGGUAUAAGAUCAUGGAGUUGAUCUGCUACACAGUGAUGGGAGUUUUUCCUGCCCUGGUCAUCCUCUCAAUGCCGGAGCAGUCAGGACUGUGUGAGCUUCUGGUGGGCGGAGCCUGCUACUGCCUGGGGAUGGUCUUUUUCAAAAGCGACGGCAUCGUCCCCUUCGCUCACGCCAUCUGGCACCUGUUCGUAGCUAUGGGAGCAGCCAUACACUACUACGCCAUCUGGAAGUACCUCUACGCCCAGCCGCCCAAUCAGGUCCAGACCUCCAGAUGACAUCAGCACUGACCUCACAGGGAGUAGCUCCUGUGUUUGAGCAACUUAGAUGAGAUACUGUGAGCUGUGUUCAAAUUCAGGGGCUGCCUCGUUUGGAGGCCGAGUGGGGUGACCAUGUACCUCCUCCUCGAAUGAUUGCACUCAAAUGAUGCACUCUAAUGCUGCGUUCAGGUCGCCCUCAUCAACUCAGAAAGUCAAACAUUUUAAUGUUUACCUCCAAGAAAUCCCCCUGAGAUGACAUACUUGGGCUGGUUUAGUGAUACCUGAAUUCUCCUUCAACACAUGGCUGGGAAACACUGUGUCAGGUUAAUGAUAAAUGAAAUACAUCCACAUCAGUUUAGUUCCUCUCUAACACCCUCUGUUUAUCAUCAUUUCCAGACUGUUAACAAGUCUGACGUCCAUUUUUGCACAGGCAUAGGUUUCAGAAAGUUAUUAUGCAUUUCAUGAUAACUGUAGACUGCCAAAAACUUACUGUGUGUGACAUUCUGUGUUUUCUUAAUGCACUUUUCCUACUUAAAAUCACAAAACUUUCAUUAAUGGGUUUACAUCUCUACUAAAAAGUCCUCUACUGCCUUAUCUUUGAAUGAUUUUUUCAGCCCUCAAUAGCAUCUGCAGCUACUCCUCUAAGUCUAAAUACAGCUCCAACAACCUCAGUUUAGCCUGUAAGGUGAAACCCAGGGCAAAAACAUUCAGCAACAACCCCCUGCUUCUCGAUAAGGUUAUUGCUCUGAGUGGACAGUAGAAACUGAAGGCAAACCGGGCAAACAUAUCAGCUUUUAUCAGUCCAGGGCUCCUGGAUUACGGCAGCUGGACAGUGAGAGGACAGUUUAAAGGACUGGCUUCUUAAUGACUGAUGACCACCUGAAGUGAAAUACCUCAUACAUACAAUGUGGUUAUGUGAUAUUUCCUGUCUUUACGAGUUGACGAGGACAUUUGAAUGCACCAUUAAGCAAUUGACCGGCAUGCAAUAGAUUGUAGGACACUGAGAGUCACAAAGCAAAGUCAUGUUCACCAAGCUGUGGCAAAAAAAAAAAAAAAAGGCUGCAUUUGGAGGAGACACUGAAACUGCCCUGUUAGCCCAUUGUGAUGAAUCUGGACUUCAAGGCAGGCAGCCUGUGAAUUUGGGACACAGCUCUCGAGUUUAUACCACCUCAGUUCAUUUCAAGUUUCAGUUACAGUAUUUUUUUUGCAGGAAUUUGAUUUCAUUACAACGAUCAGGGGAUAAAUUACUAUUCUUGGAGAUCUCUCUCUUUGUGGUGCACGUCCAGAUUCAGUGUUCAGAAGCUGAAUUGAGGGGCAUUGUCUUAUUGUCCAGAGGAAGACAAUGUUUACAAUUAGCUUGACUUGACUAUCAUCAUUAGUUUUAGGACAUUAUUUCAAGUAUCAUCAUCAUCAUCAUUAACAGAAGGUAUCUAGUAUCUAGUAUGAUUAUAUUUAAGAGGUCGCAACAUCAGUAAUUUACUAUUCCAAUUCAGAGCUCUAGAUAGUAUUAUUACUGUUAUUGUUAUUAGUUGUGCUAUCUACACUGUAGUACACUAUAUAUGGUUUUAACAGCGGUUGCUUCAGUCGGUGAUUUACUGUGAUUUCCAAAUCAAGCAUGACUGUAGAAUGAUAUUCUUUAUGUUGAACAUACAGAUAUUCAUGGUUUUAGUCUUGGAGACUUUACCUGUGUGCUUCCACCUCUCCUAGGCUCUACUCAGUAGAUUAUCAAGAAUAUUUACUGAAUUCCAAUAGGUUACUGUUGUUGAUUAGGUUUAGUAAGUGAAGAUGUCAUCAGUACGAUUUACAGUAUAUAUUUAUCAAUGAUGUACGGUAUAUGUUGAUUUCAUCUAUAUUUUCUUCUGAUGUACUUAUAGUGUUAGCUGAUUAUCUCCAUCAUCGCCAUCCAAAAUGAAUGGGACCCAUUUGAUAGAGUUUGUCAAAGCUACAUGGUUGAACCUCAGAGGGGAAAACCACUGUUUGAUUCAGCACUGCCAGAAGACUGACCUACUGCCGCAACUGAUAGCACACUACUACCAUAUACGUCUCACACUUGAAAGGAAACUGAAGCUAUAGUAUUGUUGAACAAUCUGGCCCAGUAUUAAGGCAUCUCAGGUGUGUGUGUGUGUGAGUGUGCGAGUGUGAGUGUGUGUGAGAGAGAGUUCGUAUGUAUCCUAUACUAUCUGACUCCCAUGAAUCCAAAGCCUCUUAUCGGCUGAGUCUAUGUUUACACGUGAACGCAUGUACCUUGAACACAGUUUUAAAAAAAAACAAAAAACAUUUGAAUAUGUAUGUAUUCUCUUUGUGUUAAACUGUAUGUGGUGGCACAUGGACAUUUACUGGACAAGCUUAUGUAGUAUGAUCAAAGUGGCUAGAGGACCAAAAGGUCAAAGCGUCUAGUAUUCAUAGGUAUGAAAAAAAAAACUUUUUUAAAACCUCCGCUCCUGUUCAACAUCUUUUCACUGCUGCCUGUCUCUCAGGAUUUGGAUCGUUUGGGCUUAAAAGCCUGUGAAGCCACAUUCAUCGACCACUAAAGCUGCUGUGGUUGUUCAGGCGCCGUCUGCAGUGACAAAAAUGAUCAAAUAGGUGUGAAGCUGCUUUCUUUAACGCUGGCGUCACUCCAUACAGCUUCAUUUGCUUACUCAUGUCCCCAAGUAGGGCAGCAGCCCCAAAAAAAUUUCUGCAAGCUUUACAUGUGGGUAAUAUUUAUAGAAUAACCAAACAGGAGAAAGCUUUAAGGGCAGUCAGAAAUUGUCUGUGAAGAUUCUCAGUCAUCCAGGUCUUGGUAUUUCUAAGUGCUAUAUGAAGGCCGCUGGACUUACUUGAGGUUCUUGAAGACAUUUCACCUCAAAUCUGAAAGGCCUCCUCGUAUAGUACUUAGACACUGACAUAAAAACACUACACAUGUUAUGGCGGCAAAUGUGUUUGUGUGUGUAUAGAUUUGAAUAAGAACUAGAAAGCAUAGUUUCACCAAAGCUGCAAAAACCUUCUAAAUUUGCUGCAAAAUCCACAAAAUUUGCAGCUAGAUUUGCAUCAAAAUACACUGUGAUAAACACUUACUAGAUGCAUGUGCCAGGUUUUUUUCUUUCAAAUAAGUGCAGUAGAAAGUGAGGAAGUUAAGAGGCCAUUUUAAAAAUUCCUAGAUCCCCUCCUAGAUUCAGAUCCAAACAAAAACUAAUCAUUUCUUCCUCAUUGUGCCAUUGCCAAACUUCACACCCUCUAAAGACAUCAUACUCCAUACAAACUUGUAGACAAAAAAAUAACAAACUGAAAACAUAAUUUUCUGGGCAAAGGUAAUUAAUAAUAUUGUGUAACUCAUAUAGAAUUAAUCUACACAUUUUUAAAGCAACAUUAUGUAACUAUUUACAUCAACAUAGCAGUUUCAGAACAACUUUGAUGGUACACUGCCUUUAACACCUGCUCUUGCACUUUGGUGACUGGGUACGAUCUCCCGCUUUGAUGAAACAUCAAAAAUUAUAAACAGAGUUUGGUGUGUUUGUUACUGCGACAGCACUUCCUGUUCCAGAAGUUGGGUAUUAUGAGGAAUGUGCACUGUUUAAGUUGCAGUGAGUAGGACUACUUAGAGCCCUGGUCAAACGAUUAAAAGGCUUUUUUCUGUUCAGGAAAACCACUGCGCAAAGUUACAUGUUGUUGCUUUAACAAAGGAGCAGCACUGUAAGAGCUGCCUGUGCUGCCAUCUAACUGCCCCCGAACAGGUCUUUGGUUUUGAAAUAUACUCAAAGUAAAAAAUAAAAAUACAUUUACAACUUACCAACCAGCAUCCAAAAACAAAUUCAACCAAAUUCAUUUAUUAUUUUUGACACAUUUGACCAAUAAACACACCAGAGUUGAAACAAUAACCUGAAGGUAACACAGAUCUUUGUUAUCAUCACUGGUUGCAGUUUAGUUUUUUUACUCAGUGGGGAGUGGUCAUUUAUUAUCAGAACAAAUUUAGUGUCACAGCUGGUCAAGAGUUAUGUUUAUCACACUGUGGAUAUCUCAGUUUGGGGAUGAAACUCACAUAUAUUCUCAAAUUUAAGAGUAUGUUUCAGUAUUUGUACUCUCCGUGUUUACUUGAGCCUCUGGAACAAACCAAAUGAUGGAGUUUACUGUAUUGGAGGACUCGGGAGGUUACAUCACCAGUAUUUAGACUAGUUCCAUGGACAGUUUGGCCACUCUAAGAUGAAGUAUUUGAGGAUUUGACGUGUGUCUGUCUCGUCUUGGUUAUAAUAUGCGUCUCAUUCGGACAUAACAAUGCCCACCUGACUUUGUAUAGAGCUCUGUGGUUUUAUAAACUCUCCAUGAUGCCUUCAUGGACCCUCUGUACAUUGUUUAUAGACGCUCUGUGAUUGUGGCUCUGUUCUCAGUGCUGCUAGUGUUUUAUUUCUGGUCCUACAUGACUUAUUAUAUUAUCCCAUAUUCUUUCUGUCUCUUUCUUCAGUUUUCAUAUUGGUUAUUGUGUCUGUGGUGCUUUUGUGCUGUGAUAAGCCUCUAUGAUGCCAACAAUGCUUUUAUCUUUUCUAUUUCUCUUGUAAUAAAAAAGCUUUUUCAUGCAGUAUA